AUUUAGCUUUCAGUUGCAUAGAAACGGCGCGAUCGAGCACAGCACAAUAGUACCUAGCUUCUAAGACGAUUAUCGCAGUCGUUUGGGGGUGGUAAAGCUCACGACGGCGUUUGAUUUAUUUCCGCUUUUUUUUCUCCUUCCGACGGUCGGUUUCGUUUCAUUCACGGGUGACCUGUUGAAUCGUACAAGCGUACUUCCGGUAGCUGUUUGUGACACACAGUCAAGUGUGACUUUCCGAUAACUUUAAUUUAAGUCGAAACAGAGACAGAAAUGCAAGCCCCGCAGUUCAAGGAGUUCGCCAAGGAGAUGGUGGACUACAUCGCCAACUACCUGGAAAACAUCCGAGACCGUCGUGUCCUUCCCGAGGUUCAGCCGGGCUACCUCAAACCAUUGAUCCCUUCGGAGGCCCCCGAAAAGCCAGAAAGCUGGGAAGCUGUGAUGGCCGACAUCGAGCGUGUCAUCAUGCCGGGUGUCACCCAUUGGCACAGCCCCAAGUUUCACGCGUAUUUCCCUACAGCCAACUCCUAUCCAGCGAUUGUUGCCGAUAUGCUUAGUGGUGCCAUCGCUUGCAUCGGAUUCACAUGGAUUGCCAGCCCCGCGUGCACCGAACUAGAAGUUGAAAUGCUCAACUGGUUGGGUAAGAUGCUUGGAUUACCUGAGGAGUUCCUAGCCUGUUCUGGAGGUCAAGCAGGUGGCGUAAUUCAGGGAACUGCUAGUGAGGCUACACUCGUGGCGUUGCUGGGUGCCAAGGCUAAGGCCAUCAAACGUGCUCAGGAGGAGCAUCCCGAAUGGGAUGAAAUGUACAUCAUUUCCCGCUUGGUUGGAUACACAUCCAACCAAUCGCACUCAUCCGUCGAGCGAGCAGGCUUACUUGGAGGAGUGAAACUCCGUUCGCUCAAGGCCGACAGCAAUCUUCAGCUUCGCGGUGAAACUCUGGAGCAAGCCAUCAAGGAGGAUUUGGCUAACGGACUCAUUCCGUUCUACGCUGUCUGCACCCUCGGUACGACCAAUACUUGUGCUUUCGAUCGUCUGGAUGAACUUGGUCCGGUGGGAAACAAAUUCAACGUAUGGAUUCAUGUCGAUGCUGCCUAUGCUGGAUCGGCUUUUGUUUGCCCGGAGUAUCGUCACUUGAUGAAGGGAAUCGAAACUGCCGAUUCGUUCAACUUCAACCCGCACAAAUGGAUGUUGGUGAACUUUGAUUGCAGCGCCAUGUGGCUGAAGGAACCAUACUGGAUUGUUAAUGCUUUCAACGUCGAUCCGCUUUAUCUUAAGCACGAUAUGCAAGGUUCGGCUCCAGACUACCGACACUGGCAAAUCCCAUUGGGCAGACGCUUCCGCGCCCUAAAACUAUGGUUCGUACUUCGAUUGUAUGGCGUUGAAAACAUUCAAGCCCACAUUCGUCGCCAUUGCACUUUUGCUAAACAAUUUGAAGCUCUAUGUGUUGCCGAUAGCCGAUUUGAGAUCUUUUCGACGGUUCAAAUGGGCUUGGUUUGCUUCAGAUUGAAGGGCACCAACGAAUUGAGUGAAGCUCUACUCAAGAAAAUUAACGGUCGUGGAAAGAUUCACAUGGUACCGUCGAAGGUUAAUGAUACAUAUUUCCUGCGUAUGGCUGUGUGCUCGCGAUUCACUGAGUCCUCGGACAUCGAGUACUCGUGGAAAGAAGUUUCUGCCGCCGCCGACGAAUUGUUGGCCGAAAAGAAGUAAACAAUUGCAAUGUACUUCGAAGCGUUCCUGUUAGCACAACGCGUGCAACUUUUCACUCAAUCAAUCUCUCUAUUUAUGAUAAACAGUAUCGUGUUGUUGUGAUAAAAAAAAUGUUUGUGUUCAGAUGUUGAACCAACAUACUAUCAAUAUGGGAUCACGCUAAACAAUCAUAUAAAAUAAUAGUAUUUGUGUAUAUCAAAAUAAAAAAAAAGUUCAUAGAAUCGUAUUGCUGCCGCUACAGUUUUAAAAAUGUCCCUUGAUGUUAAAUUAUUGUUGGAGUAUAAAGAUGAAUAAAAAUAUAAUUUAUUAUGUUUUAAUCU